AUGAAGGCUGGUAUAAAUAACGUUGGAAUACUUUCCACUAAGAGAAGUUUUUCGUCCACAAUAGUCCCUCUAAAACGAUGGAAGCUGAUAGAAUCAAGAAAAGUGGCACAGAAGCCUGCUUAUAAGGUCGGUGAUGUUAGACCCGCUUAUAUGCCCAAGAAGAGAAUUGAGUUCCCAGACUAUAAAUAUGGAGAAAGUCAGAUUUUCAAGCAAAGCAAUAAGGGACUUUAUGGUGGUUCUUUUAUUCAACAUGGGAAUAAUAUAUCUGAGAGUAAGCAAAAGACAAGGAGGACAUGGCUACCUAAUAUAGUUAGAAAGAAGUUAUGGAGUGAGACUUUGAAUGAUAAGAUUGAUGUCAAGAUGACAACGAAAGUCUUAAAAACAAUUAGUAAAGAAGGUGGUAUCGAUAAUUAUUUACUUAAGGAUAAAUCAGCAAGAAUAAAAGAGUUAGGACCCACAGGUUGGAAAUUACGUUAUACAGUCUUGAAAAAGAAGGAUUCUAUUGAGAACCCACUCCACAAAAAUGCUAAAUUAGUUACAACGCCUACUGGUGAGCAAGCAAAAAUUUAUUAUAGGGAGAAUGUUAACGGAAACAAGUUACUGAUUACUGCCGGGAAAAGGAAACUAUUAAAGUUACUGUUCCCGCUAGAAAGAAUGGAGCAACGAAUUGAAGGGCAGCAGUUAAACUAUAAAAAGUUUGUUGAGCUACACUCGCGAGCUGCAGUUAGAGAUAUUGUAGCCAAACUGGAAAAAUACAACUUUGACUUAUCGACGAUCACUGUUCCCAAUCCCAAUAUUCAGAAGAGCGUAUCAGACGCAUGA